AUGUGUGGACCUGGAAGUGGUAAAGGCACUCAAUGUGAAAAGCUUGUGCAAAAGUACGGCUUUAAUCACAUUUCAUCCGGGGAUCUACUCCGAGAUGAAGUCGCGUCCGGAUCAGAAAGAGGACAGAAGUUAAAGGAAAUGCUUGAAAAAGGAGUACUGGUGAGCUUGCAUCAGGCGGAUCCUGGUGUCUGA